GUCUGUUUUUAAUUUUCGGAAAAAUAAAGAAAUUGUUAGGACUUAGAUCAGGACUAUAUGGAGGAUGGUUCAAUAAUUCCACGUUUUCUUCCGUUAAAUACUGCCUUGUUUUUUAGGCUGUAUGCUAGCUUGCAUUGUCUUGGUGGAGGAUGAUUCUGCUUUGGGGGUUGAUUUUUCGAAACUCGGUGAUGACUUUUGGCAAACAAAUGGUGGUAUACCAAUCCGCAGGAACAGUUCUUUGCUCAUAAGAGGAAUUGUUGCAAUAUGACCAGGAAUUGUUGCAAUAUGACCCGCUUUUGAUGACUUUUGUUGGCUUUUCUUCACCUUGGAACACCCAAACAGC